AUUUCCGCUCCCGCGGUGGUUGUUGACAGCCGAGCCGCCGCCGCCGCCGAGCGCUGUUCUUGUCUGUGGAUGCGGGGCUUCAGCUGCUGCUGCCGCCUCGGCCUUGGUUUGCGCGAGGGCCCUGCGGAAAUGAGCGUCGCCUCGGCGCUGGCUGCUCGGCCCCGAUGGUGCAGUGCGUGUCCAUGGUGUGGCGCAGGGUGCUGAGGAAGCGCUGGGUCCUCGCCGUGGUCUUCGGCCUGUCGCUCAUCUACUUCCUGAGCAGCACGCUCAAGCAGGAAGAAAGAACAAUACUGGAUCGAAACUUGUUACAGUUUCGUGAUCCUGAGCGGCGUUUGGUAUGGAAAGUGCGGUUCAACCUAGGUAACAGCAGCAGGCAAUACACACAAUGUCGAAACUCCAUCCAAGGAAAACUGCUCAUCACAGACGAGCAAGGUUAUGUGUGCGAGAGAAAAGACAUGCUUGUAAAUGGCUGCUGCAGUGUUAAUGCACCCAGCACAAAACUGUAUGCGUGCGACACCUGCCUACUCAAUGACUGCUGCAGUGUCUAUGAGUACUGUGUCUCCUGUUGCCUUCAACCAGAUAAGCAACCUCUGUUAGAGCGUUUCCUGAACAGAGCUGCGGAGGCUUUCCAGAAUCUGUUUACAGCGAUUGAAGAUCACUUUGAGCUGUGCUUGGCAAAGUGCAGGACUUCAUCUCAGAGUGUUCAGCAUGAAAAUAACUACAGAGAUCCGACAGCAAAGUAUUGUUAUGGAGAAGACCCUCCAGAAUUGCUUCCAUUGUGAACUGUUUGGUUGUCAAAACCCCAAAAGAAUCAAAUAAUAAUCCUUGUAUUUGAAAUAGCGCCUUAUCACG